AUGUCUCUGCUUCUUUUCUGGGUCUUAGAAUAUCAUCAAUGUACGACUGGGACAGCCAUCAAGGCAGCCAUUCUGAUUCAGAGGUGGUAUCGCCAGUAUGUAGCCCGGCUGGAGCUUCGCAGGAGGUGCACCUGGACCAUCUUUCAAUCCAUUGAGUACGCAGGGGAGCAGGACCAGAUCAAGCUCCAUAACUUCUUUAGCUGUUUGUUGGAUCACUUUACUCCACCUUGUAGUAAAGAGCAAGGUCUUACUUCCCGCAUUAUUACUCAGACAGAUGAGACAUGCAAGGUUAAUCUGUCUGCCUAUGAUUUCAUCGAGGUUUCAGACUCCUACAUCGGACCCCAGCUCUGUUUCCCUCUGACACCUGCUCACGUCACUGCCUUACUGGAAGCCUUCAAAAAAAAACAACAGCGACUACAUGCUCGCUAUGUAUUGCAACUUCUGAGUGAAACUAGGAAACAUCUGGAGCAUUUGCCAAAUAUCAACCAGGUCUCCACCUGCUACAGCAAGGAGAUUACUAUCUGUGGUGACUUGCAUGGCAAAUUGGAUGAUUUAUUUUUAAUAUUCUACAAGAAUGGGCUUCCAUCUCCAGAGAAGGUGUAUGUCUUUAAUGGAGACUUUGUUGACAGAGGGAAGCAUUCUAUUGAGAUUCUCCUGAUCCUGUUUGCUUUUCUACUUGUCUAUCCAAAAGGAAUCUAUUUAAACAGAGGCAACCAUGAAGAUCAUAUCAUUAAUUUAAGGUAUGGAUUCACAAAAGAAGUGAUGCAAAAAUACCAGGUGCACGGAACUAGAAUAUUGAAAUUACUACAGAGCGUAUUCAGUUGGUUGCCAUUAGCCACUGUCAUAGAUGAAAAGGUUUUGAUUAUACAUGGAGGUAUUUCAGAAACAACAGAUUUGAACUUCUUGGGCAAAAUUGACAGACAUAAGUAUGUUUCAACCUUGAAGCCACCUGAAAGGAGGAAAAUCGGAUGGAACAAACAUGCCUCAGAUCAGGAGCAAUACUUUAGUGAGAACAGUCAGCACCAUGUGAAGCCCAAUCAAACUCCAAGGAAUAAUUCCGUUUCUGACAUCUUUAGUCUUUGUGCUCAUACAGACGACAAUCUGAGGAGGAAGAGUUCUAGCACAAUAUAUGUCAAGAGAAAAGAAAUCACUAAAAGAGUGCAGCGUUCAGUUGAAGAGGAAAUAGACAAAUGCCGAAGUCAAGUGGGCUUCAGCAAUCUGUAUGAAGAUCCCAAAUCACUAACACUACCAGAUUCAGAUCCUUGUGAAUUCUUUGACUCAGAUGAGCAUGAAAGGAAGCAGAUUGUGGACAUUUUAUGGAGUGACCCAAUGCAUCAGGAAGGCUGCAUCGCAAACUCCGUCAGAGGAGGCGGGUGUUACUUCGGACCCGAUGUGACGGAGAAGAUCCUGCGAAAGCACAAUUUGCAAUUCUUGAUCAGGUCCCAUGAGUGCAAACAAGAGGGUUACGAGUACUGCCACAACCAAAAGGUCUUGACCAUAUUUUCUGCUUCGAACUAUUAUGAAAUUGGCAGCAACAGAGGAGCUUAUGUGAAGCUUGGGCCCGACCUCGUUCCCCACUUCAUGCAAUAUCAGGUCAAUCAAAGCACUCGCAAGCUAACCUUGAGGCAAAGAGUGAGCAGGAUUGAGAGGUCAGCACUGGGAGCUCUGCAAGAGAAAAUUUUUGCCCACAAAUCGGAUCUCAUCAGUGCUUUUAAGCAUUAUGACAAGGAUAAAACAGGUCAAAUAUCCUUGAAUGACUGGGCAAAUGCUCUUGAAUCCAUUUUGGGUUUGGGUCUGCCUUGGCGUGUCUUGCGAUCCCAACUUGUGCCUAGUGCUCCCAAUGGUCUUCUGAAUUUUUAUUUAUGGUUUGAUGACUUUGCCCAAGAGAAACCCAUUGUGCAGCACAUACAACCCAGUCUGAUGGAAAUGCUUUACAAAAGCAUGUCUGAACUGGAAACCAUUUUUCAAAUUAUUGACAGCGACCACUCUGGCCAGAUCUCAUAUGAGGAAUUUAAAAAAACAUGGAAACUCCUUAGUUCUCACCUUCAGAUCGAGUUAAGCGAUGAAGCAAUUAGUAAUCUGGCUCGCAGCAUGGACUUCAAUAAGGAUGGAAGCAUCGACAUUAAUGAGUUCCUUGAAGCUUUCCGUCUGGUCGAUAAAUCCAAUUGCAAGGACUGA